AUGAGUGCACUUUCAAUGGUACAAUCACUCCAUAAAUUGGCAAAAGAUGUUGAUAAUCGUGAACAUAUAGUUAAAGAUCAAGGUUGUUUAGCAGUUUUGGUAAUGUUAUUAGGGUCAAAUGAAGAAGAUGUUGAAAUGGUAUUACUUUGUUUAGAGACAUUAGAAUUAUUAUCACAUAAUCAAAAUAAUAAACAACCAAUGCUUAAAGAACCAGGUUUAGUAUCAACCUUAAAAAAGUUACAACAAAAGGAUCAAUAUAAAUCAAUUGUAGAUAAAGUUUUAAUAAAUAUUGAAGGUUCAAGUGAUAAAGGUACAAUUAAUGAAACUACAAAAAUUGAUACAACAACAACAACAAAUACUGCAACUGCAACUUCAUAUAGUACAGCACCAAAGAAAUCAGCAUCAACAUCAUUUUCAAUGUUAAUCGGUGAGAAAUUACCAAUUAAAGAUACACCAGUGAAAUCGAAUAAUACCGCCUCUCAAGUUAGUAGUAGUAAAUCAAUUGAUCCAGCAUUAAUUAAAACACUUUUAUUACAUGUCAAAGGUAUGAAUAAUGAAUCAACUAAAAAACAAUUAGAAGAAUGCUUAUUAAAGACCAAAGGUGUUAUCUCAUUUAUGAUCGAUCUUAGUCAAUGUCAUGCCACCGUUCGUACUUCCCUCUCCUCGGAUGAAAUUAAAUUGGUAAUUCGUAACAAUGUAGGUCUCUCUGCUUCUUUAAUCAUUGAUGGUCAAGAAGAGGUUGAAUCAACUCCUGAUUAUUUACCAGAACCAUACAAUCCAAACAAUUCAAACUCUUCAAAGAGAUGGGGUUGGGGUUCAAUCAUUUCUUUUGGUGCUCAAGAACAAAAACAAGAAGGUAAUUGGGGUUGGAACUCUUUUUCAAAAGUUUUAUUUGGCUAA